AUGUCUGACCUUGAUGGUAAAGGUAAUGUAAUUGUCAACCAGGUAGAAGGACCGGAGGAUGAAUUUGACUCUCCUCUAGAUGUUUUACCAAAUACAGACUCUAGGUAUAUUACUUAUGAUGCAGAGGCUCGUGCUAAUAGAGUAUUAGCCACUAAGGAUAAAAAAUUUAAAAAUAUUAUUACAAUCAUUGCUUCAGGAUUUGCUUUAAUUAGUGAUGGAUAUGUUAAUGGGUCCAUGAGUAUGUUGAACAAAGUAUUUGCAAUGGAAUACGGUUCAAAAGUAAACUAUACCUCUUUGGUUUCAACAAGGGUGUCAAAUGCUUCUUUGGUUGGUAUUAUCUUUGGUCAAUUUUUCAUGGGUAUUGCUGCUGAUCAUUACAGCAGAAGAUCAUGUAUCUUGGUAGCAACAGUAAUUUUGGUUGUAGGUAGUGCACUCUGUGCUGCCUCUCACGGUACAACUGUUCCUGGUAUGUUUUGGAUGCUUACAGUAAUGAGAGGUUUAGUCGGUAUUGGUGUCGGAGCUGAGUAUCCAACAAGUACAUUGAGUGCUAAUGAAUCUGCCAAUGAAUAUACCACAAAGAGGAGAGGAGGUAUCCUUGUAUUGGUUACCAAUUUCCCAUUGGCCUUUGGUGGUCCUUUCUCAAGCAUCAUUUUCUUAAUCGUUUUCAGAAUUGUUAAAGGCACUAAACACCUUGAAGCUCUAUGGAGAACUAUUUUUGCUCUAGGUUGUUUUUGGCCUUUGACAGUUUUCUACUUCCGUUGGAAGACAGCUACCACUGAAAUAUAUGAGAAAGGUAGAAUUAAAAAACAAAUUCCUUAUUUCCUUGCGUUAAAAUUUUAUUGGAAAAGAUUAUUAGGUACAUGUGGUACUUGGUUUAUGUACGAUUUCGUUACUUUCCCAAACGGUAUCUUUUCUUCUACAAUUAUUGGAGCUGUAAUUAAAGAUAAAAAUGAUUUAGAAAAGAUUGCAGAAUGGAAUUUAUUAUUGGGUGUCCUUUCAUGCCUAGGUGUCCCCAUAGGUGCAUAUCUUUCUGAUCGUAUUGGUCGUAAAUAUACACUAAUGAUCGGGUUUUCAGGUUAUAUUAUCUUUGGUUUAAUUAUUGGUUGUGCUUAUGAACAAUUAUCUAAGAUUACACCAUUAUUUAUAAUCUUUUAUGCUUUCAUGAAUAUGUUAGGAAACGCUGGUCCUGGUGAUAUGUUAGGUGUGAUUAGUAGCGAAUCCUCAGCUACAGCAGUAAGAGGUGUCUUUUAUGGUAUUUCUGCUGUAACAGGGAAAAUUGGUUCAGUUGUUGGCGUUGAGUGUUUUCAACCAAUCAGAAACCAUUUAGGAGCUAGAUGGACAUUUAUUAUUGCAGCAAUUUGUGGUCUAUUGGGUGUUUUGAUCACAUUUUUCUUGGUACCUCACUCUCUGGAGAGUGACUUAAUGAAACAAGACGUAGAGUUCCACAACUACCUAGUGGCUCAAGGUUGGACAGGUAAGAUGGGUUUUGAUGAAGCUAUCGAAACAAGUGAAGCUGGUUCUUUGGAAAGUAAUAUUGAGUGGGAGGCUGAUAUAAAGAAAAAUAAUGAGAUAGUUUCUGUGAGACAGAUAGAAUCUUAG